AUGCUCAGUCCGGCUUGUAUCUCAGCCUUCAACGGGCGGACAAGCUCUUCUCAUCAUCGCACCAUGGGGAGAGCUCGCAGCAACAAGACUAGCAAGAAGUCAACAGUCACUGACAAGGCUGCCGAUAUGUCAUCCACCGCUACGGUACCUGAGAAGGAUGCUGCUGUCAAAGGUCAUGCGCCUUCCACCUCCUCAUCGCCAGUGGUGCUUGGCCCUUUCGAAGACUUAUUGGACCUACAGAUCAAGACCGACCUCAAUGGCGAACAAGUCGGCGUUGCUGCUGAUGGUGCUGCUGACCCCGCUGGAAAGGAGGGUGAAAAAGAGGCCGCUGAAGGAGAGGCUGAAGAUGAUGCGGACGCGCAGGAGAACAAUGAUGCCUCGUCAGAUCAGGCUCCAGACGAUGAUGAAGAUGGUUACCUGAGCGACGACUCCGACGAACACCUGGAACCAGCUUCGCUCGGCAGCAUUAUCGCCUUGAAAAGAUUCUCACUGACCUUGCUGGUGCCGUUUAACAGGAAACCUGAAGUCAAGCGGACUGCUGUAACUGUGGCUGCCUCGCUGGAAGAAUGGAAGGACCAGCUGUCGCCAGAUGUGCUGCAGACAACAACUUACCAGGAACUUACGGCGACCUAUUUCUCUGGCGCACGCUAUGGUCGCCUUCAAGUUACCUUCAACCACGUCCGUGACGCAAACUUUGUUUGGAGCCAAGUCAUCAGGCACGAGUGCGCGAAUGGCGACAUUGUCGACUUUACCUGGCAGCACCCCGAAGAUGCGCGUUUCCUCCGCGAGCGCCUGCUGAAUCCGACGGCGAAGGAGGUUGUUGUCAAAGGAGUUCCCGCGGACAUGACUGCUGAGCUGAUUCGUCACCUGCUGGUGGUGUCGAAGCUGGUUAAACGCGGUCGGAGUGCUUUCGCCAGCGGAUUCGGUUUUCAUCGUACCGUCGAUCCGGUCACUGGGCUGGACACCGACCAGCAUGCCUCCCGAAUCGUACUGACGACUGUCUCCUCACCUCCUCUCGCAGCGGCUUCCCUGAAAGCCACAGCGUCUCUGACACGCAUUCUGAAAGACCCCGCAGUCAUACUCACCUCUACAGGAGGUGUGCGGGAGGAGUGGGUGUGCGUACAGACUGUAUGCGAGAAGGCUCAAGGGAAUCGCUUCGAGCAGGCGGCGACUCAUGUCGCUUCUGCCAGGCACAAGGGAGGACUGAAGAAGGAAGGUGCUACAACACGCGCCAGCAAGAACUCUCAGAAAAUGGCUGCUUUCAAAAAAGAGUUCAUGAUCACGCCGGCAAAGAAGUGA